UCUAUUUACCCACAGAUGAUGAUGACAGUGACCUAUAUUUUGUAACUUUAAGUCUAAAUGGACGCCUCAUUAUAAGGCAGUAGAACAUUCAGCUUUUUUUUUUAAGCGUGAUUUCAGUGAGUGCCCAAAUGACAACUUAAUAAUUUACGUUGCUAAUGUUUGUUGUAGAGAUGCUGUGAUUGAUCAGCCACGAUUAGCAUUGGCCGAUUUCCGUAAAAACCACAUGAUCAGCAUAUGCCGAUAAAUGCCUUUCAAAGCCGAUUACAAAAAACUAUAGCCUAAUGUGCAUGUCUGCUGUGUCACGUGGGGCUUCCAACACCCGUAUUGAGCCGACAAGGGACGCACUUGGUCUCGUAUUGCCAUGAGAAUCAACACUAGUCUGUAUAACCUCAAUGGGUUCACUUUGACAGCUUGACACAGGCUAUGCCAAUCAAUGCCAGCGUGUUUGAUCACUCCCUUGUCAAACCUGUUGGUGUUCGACUUUUCUUGCAUCUUUCUUUAUCUUUCUACAUUUUCCCAAGCUCCCACUGGCAGCAGCUAGCUAGCUAAAAUGAUCCGCCUAGCUUCUCGUCUUCGGACUCCAAAUGUCACUUUUUACCACAGUGACAUUUUGUUUUUGAAACAAACAAGCAAUGCGGUUAGUUCAGAGCUUGUUUUUGUCCCACGGGGAAGUGGAUAUCACGUUCAUGGGUUAAAAACAUCGCUGGGAAAAGGAAGGGCCUUCAUCCGCUACUCGCUCAUUCACCAGCGUCUUGCAGACACAUUGCAGCAGUGUCUCAUAAAUCAGAAAGUCACAAGCGACUGGUACUAUGCUCGGAGUCCCUUCUUGGAUCCCUGCCUCACCUCGGACAUCAUAAACUAUCUUUAUGAGCUCAACCAGAUCCAAUUUGACGUGGCAGCCCGAGGUUACGAUCUUGACGUCGACUGGCCAGCCUUUGCCAGACGGACAUUAGGGGCUGGCUCAUCAUCCUUCCGGUGGAGGCCUCCCAGUACUUGCUCCAGUGCCAGUAGUCUGGUCGGCAGCUAUUCCCAGAUCCAGGCUCAGGAUGUCCCAGUCCCAGACUUGAGUCACCUAGGUGAACUUGGAGGACAGGGAGAAGUCUCCCCUCGCAGUUUUGCAGAGAAUCUCCGCGUCAAACUCGAUCAUUCCGAGCUAAGGCAGCACAAGCUUCUGGCACGGGUGGAGGAACUGGACAAAGAGGCGGCACAGCUGAAAGAUGUCGUAAAUAACCUUCAUGGCCAGUUGGUAGAAGUUCAGAAGACCACAGCCCCCUCGCUUACGACAAACAUGGAUGUUAGUAGUCACUAUCAGACAUGUUGGGAAGGUAAAAACAAUGAGCUUCAGAAUAGACUGACAGCUACUGAGAACAAAAACAUGAAACGUCUGUCAAAGCUGGAUGAGGCUUUUAAAGAAAAGGGAAAACAAACAACAAGCUAUUGCGAUUCGGCCUGGAAGAUUCAGGAACUCCUGGAGAAACUGAAGACUGCGAAGGAGGAGAGGCUGGAGGCCAAGAGGGAUGCUGAAGACAGAGCCAGACAUUUAGAGCAUCUGUCUCAGGAGCUGAAACUGCGGGAAGAGGAGUUGAGAACCAGCACGGAGAAGCUGGCCGAUGUCAAAUCCAGGGCCCAAGACGAGCGCGAGAACACCCUCAAGCGGCUGGAGGAGCUCCAAGGCGCCGUUGGUCGCAUUCAGGGAGCCUUGACAUUGAAAGAGAAGGAGAGCGGAAACUUGAGAGCGCAGCUUCAGCACUUGCAGGCCUCACUGGAGUGCAGAGAACGGCAAGCGGAGGAACUGAGGAGGAGGCUGCAGGAGGAACGUGACGAGAUUGAGCGGCGAUGUAGCGUCAGAGAUAGCCAGAAUGAAACCCUAGGGGUUCAAGUGCUGGAUCUGCGAAAAACUCUGAAUAACAGAGAGCGAGAACUUGCUGUCAGCUCAGAGAGGAUCAAGCACUUGGAAGAACGUUUGGAGAAGCUGAAAGUCCAGAAUGAAAGUCUGAUUUCUAAAGCUGCUGAAGACGACAUCUGCGAACAAACUGGGAACCUCGAGAAAUACAAACCCAAGGACUGCAAGCUUAUGGAGUUAAACGCCACACUACUGCAAGCUGUUAAAAAGAGCGAGGAGAGCAUUGUCGAACUGACUCGCAGCAGGGAAGCCUUGUUAGACCAGCUCACUGCUGUGAGAGUUUCCGAGAGGUAUCUCAGGGGAAGGGUGGAGGCUGCUGAGCUGUGUGUGGAAGACCGUGAGAAGAAGCUUCUAGACGAAAACCGCCAUUUGGAGGAGCUUGUCCAGAAGGCUCUUCUUGAGAAGGAGCGGUCAGGGACUGAAUUGAAGAGCGUACAGCAGGAUAACAGGGAGCUUCGAGAGAUUCAGUCCUCUUUGAAAGAACAACUGGCUGAAGCCCAAGAGGAGCUGAACUUGCUUAAAGUCACAGUGUCCAAUUUGGAUGAGAACCUCACAGAGUCCCAAAGAAGCCAUGCAGAGCUGCUCAUGAAGCUCCAAGAAAGGGAGGAGAAGCUCAGAGAGCAGACGGCAAAAUGUGAUCUUCUGAAGGGUCGAGCUGAAGUGCUGGAGAGCAGGGCCUUAGAGUUGCACGAUGAAAAAGGAGCGGCUGAGAGCAAUGAGAAAACACUAAAGCUUCACGAGGAACAUCUGACAUCUGAGAGCAAAGAGGCUCCUUUCAGGCUGGUGAUUGCUGAGGCUCAACUCGAGCUCAACCUGAAGGAGGUGCACCGGCUCAGGGAGGAAGUUGUGGAUCUCAGGGCUCAGCUCCUUUCUGGGACGGAGGAGAGAAUGAAAGCUCAGGCCCUACAGGAGGUGACUGAGGCCUCCAGAGAGGAUCUUAGAGUCUUGACAGAACAACUCAAGGCUCAAGUGGAGGAACUCAACCGGCGGCACGUAGAUGAGAUUCUGCGUUCUCGCGAGCGUGAGGAAAUGCUGAUCCGCGAGCGAGAUGGUGAGGCCCAGGCUCGGGCGGGUCUUGCUGCGGAGGUGACAUCCUCGAGAGAGGAGCUUCACAAGCUCAAGCAGCGCUAUGACGCCAUGUGUCUGGAGAACAGUGACUCCAGGGAAGCUCUACACCGGGCCAACACUGAAACCGCGGAACUGGGAGUUCGCGUGUGCAUGCUCACAGCCGAGAAGGAGGAGGCUCACCUGCGCUGGGAGAGCCUCUCUAGGAGGCUGCGAGAGCUGGAGGACGAGGCCUCCAAGGAGGAGACGAGGUUGGACGCUCGCACUGAGCAGCUCCGCCGGGAGAACCAGCAGCUUCUUAGCAAGCUCCAUCGUGAGGAGGAGCUGUGGGCGACCACGCAGAAGCUGCAGGAAGAGCUCAGCAAGGCCCAGGAGGAGAUGGAGACCGUGCAGGACAGAAGCCGCGAGGAGGUGGAGGCUCUCCGCCUGGAGCUGAGCAACCAGUCCGUCAUCCAUAGCAGCCAACUGCAGAGUGUGAAUGAAGAGUUGAUGGACGAGCGGUUACAGCUGAUGUCCGAGCAUGAGAAAGCUGUCGAGGUGGAGAAGAAGCUAAAGAGUUUAGAGGCUGAGGCACAAAGAUCCCGCCAGCAACUUGUGGAGAAAAACAUCCAGAUGGCCCAGUCAGAAAAUCUUAUCCAGCAGCAAAAAGACGUGCUAAUCCAUCUGAGAAUGGCUUUAUCAAGAUGUGAAGAGGACAUGGAGGGGGUUCAGCUGGACUCUCAGGAGCUGAGGAACACUCUGAGAAUGCUCACACUGGACAAAGAGAACUUUGACCCAAGGAUGCCUUCCGAAGUCGACCAUUUGUACUGCAUUGCGGUCGAGGAGAGGAUUGUGAAGCUCAUCAGGAAUAUGGACGACCUGUGGCAGAAAAUGGAUGCCGUGGAGUUGGAGAAAAAGCUGCAUGAUGAAGACACGGAACGGGACAUCCACUGCUGCCAGAGCUGUCACACAUCCUUCGGCUGGAGGCGCCGCAAAUACACCUGCAGAUUCUGUAGCCUCCCCUUCUGCCAAUAUUGCCUGCUAAGUGCAGGGAGCCACCAGCAGGGCGGCGCCAAAGAGCUCUGCUGCAGGGACUGCUGCAAUCAGCACGGCAUAGAGGCUGAGCGUCCCCUACAGGAGGACGUCACCAGGACCAUCACGCCGGCCUCAGCCUUCAGCCGGCUGUUGCAGCCUUUGAGAGCUGUGACUAACUUUUCAGAAGGAGCAGAUGACAAGGUGGAGGAUGGUGUGUUUGACAUUAUCACAGAGGAGGAAGUGAGUGGAGUCUAUGUUAGUGGCGCUUUUUCUACAGCCUGCACUCCUGGACACAGACAGCAGGAGGCAGCACAGGAAAGCAGCAGCAUCACAAGGACAGGAGACGUCCCAUCAGAAGACACCACAGAGGGCCAUAGGGAUGGUGCUGUGCAAGAUGCAGAAAUCUGCCUGCUCAAGUCUGGAGAACUCAUGUUGGCAUUUCCCUUCACGCUGGAGGACAUCUCAAUAUUCGGCGACACGCCACAGGAGCUUUUCAUCAAGGCCAGCUGCUACAGCACCAUCCCCAUCAGUACAGGCUGGCCCGGCGCCACCGUUACCUGGACCUUCACCUCGGAACCCAAGGGCAUCUCCUUCAGUGUGGUAUUCCGGGAGAGCGCAGAGACGCCCCUGGAGCAGUCCAAGGUUUUGAUCCCACUGACUCGCUGUAACUCCCACAAGGAGACUAUAAACGGGGAAAUGAAAGUUAGAAACGCUGGAGAGUACACACUCAUCUUUGAUAACUCCUUUUCCAGGUUCAUCUCCAAGAGAGUGAUGUAUCAUCUGGCACUGGACAAACCGGCGGCGGCAUGUGACAGCAGCGACCUCCUGUAAGAGGAUGUCUAACAGGUGUAGAUAUACUCUACAUCAGUCAGUGCAGUCAAGAUGUUAAGGUAACGGGAGCAGAGUCUACUUGAUGUAUGGAAACCUCGGGUGAGGGACCUUCAGAAAUACCUUGACAACCACAAAACAUACAGUUAAUCAAAAAAAUCCAAGAAAUAGCAUCACUGCACAAGAAAUAAACUUUUUUCUAUGAUUUUUGUUGUUUAAUACUAUUUUAUACAAAAAUGCUUAAUGCAACAGCAUCGCCAUUUCUCAGUGCAUUCAAACAUAAUCACAACCAAAAAAAUGAGCGGUUCAUUCAUCAGGGACAAAAAAAUAGCUAUGUUUUUUUUUUUAUUUGCAAACAUUGAGUGUGUAUUUACAACAGGGAUAGAAAAAAUAGCAAUGUUCUUGCAGCAUCUACUGUAUAUCUCAUUCAGUCUGCAGUCAUCAGGUAGCUGUUACCUAGCAGUAUAUACAGUUGAUCAGUGGUUCUCAACUGGUUUGGCUGCGGGACCCACCAUCACCCCUCAAUGACAAGCGGCGACCCAAAUUGCGGAAGUUUUUCAACUCAUACUUCCCCUGUCCCAGCUGACUUUGGGUGACAGGCGGGGUACACCCUGGACUGGUCGCCAGCCAAUCGCAGGGCCAUCUCACAAGUCAAUUCACUCGAUUCAAUUUCACAGCAGAGGGAAGCUUUGACAAGGCGUGAUGUUGUGUAAUUGCAUGUUUUGUAGUACAAAACUGUAUGCCUGUAAUUGUUUCUUAAUGUGUAAAAAUGAAUUUAACAUGUUUAAUAACUGCAAGGCAUAUUGUAGGAUUUGGAGUAGAAACAUUUUUUAGGGAUUUUUAUUCAGUUUAUUUAAUAUAUAUAUCUAUACAUAUACACAUACAUACACAUAGUAUACGGCCGUUCCUCACAAUAUCGUGGUUCGAUUAUCACUCCCUUGCUAUAUCGCUAUAUGUUUUUUUCAGAAAUUAAUUAAUAAAUAAUCGCUGUUUUGUGGUAGACUAUGGUCUAUUAUUAGUCAAAACAUUGAAAUUCAAGUGAUAGAUACAAUUCUGGUAACUAGGCGUCAAUAAUGACACAAAACAUUGAGGAAUGACUAUGGUUGGCCAUCGAGUCUCGAGCAUUGAUGGGACUAACUUUCCGAUUCUCUCGGAGGAUCGUUUAAAUGUUUAAUUUCGAUUCCGAGUUUCGAUGCUCACUUUGCUGUAAGAAAUAGCUGUGAACACGAAUGAAGAAGAGGCCGACAAGCACGAGCCAAGAAGAAGCAGCUAAAAAGUUUGGCUUAACGUCAUAAAAAAAGAGCGGUCGGCUCAGUGCAACAUUUGCAACACAAUGAUAUACAGUACAAAGGAGGGUGCACGAUCAACAUAAUUAAUGUUCACACAUUCAUAGUGUAGAAAUAAAAGUGUACCUCGUCUUUGAUGCGGUAUGUUGAACUUCCUCCAAGCAGUCAGAAUUAGGGAAGUCCAACAAUACAUGACAUCUGUCUCAUACCAAUGUAAGCCAGGGUUUCAGGAUGCUCACUGAUGUGGAAGUUUGAUAUAAAUAAAGGACGGGAGCUACAUCUACGCAAGUUUAUUGACUUGCACAGUACGUCUCUGGUUGCAACAGUCAAGGGACAUAUUCAACCUACACAACACACUUUCGGCCUUCAAAAUAAAAGUGCUUGGGGCUAUAUCCUGUUUAAUUGUGUUAAUGAAACAUUUCUAUUCAAGUUGAAUGGUUUGAAAUUUAUAUACUGGUUGAAAAUAGCCCCGUCAGAAAUUCAUAAUCAAGUUGAUAAAAAGUUCAUAUCAUUAAAAAAUGGAAAAUUCAUGGAAAAGUUCAGACAUUUCAUCCAAAAACAAUUAGGCACUGGAAUCGCAACAAGGAAUCUGAAUUGGAACCGGAAUCGUUUAAAUUCAAACGACGCCCGAUCCUAGACAUUACCUUGACACGGCAUGAAGUCAGACAUGGUAUGGCCGACAUGAUAGAGUGGGGGGAAAAAAGUUCUCCUCCCAUUCCAUGUGGAAGUGGAAAGUUUUUAGCUUCUUGAGUUUAGAAGAAAUAAAUUCCAGGCUAACUGGUUAGCUUGCUAGCCUGUUAGCCCGACUGGGGUCCCUGCAGCACAAGAGUUUCAAUGUGAUGUAAACAAUAAUAGGAGUGUAAAGGUGACAAUAGUGGUAUUAUUUAAUGUCUACAGGGCUCUUAAUAAUGUUAAAACCCGUAUUUAGAAAGUCAUAAACAGGUUUUCUAUGCUCUAGCUACAAAAAAUAUUUCAUUUAUUAACAUUGAAUCCUAUCUCGCACAAAUUAAUUUAACGAGGUUUGGGAUCCCUUGCAUUACUGUAAAUGCAAUUUGAUUAUGUUCUAUCAAUAAUACUAAUUUACUCAUAUUUAUUAUCAUAUUUAUUGUUAUUAAUAUGAUAAUGUAACAAAUCCAGCAACUUAAUUUGCUGUCAAAUCAAUGCUCUUCAUCACAUUGAUGCAAAAAAAAGCCUUUUACUGUUGGAGAAACUCUCCCUCAUUGUGUCCAAAACGUUUUAUUUUAUAUAUACAUACAUUUCUCUCAAUUGUUGCCUUUUUAUAACGUCAAAACUAACAGGAAAUGGGUUUGUUAAGUUGCGAUCAUGAUCCAGAAAAGAUUACGUUGAAGAAGCAGUACUUCUGCCAAGCUGCAGUAAUGCCAUACAUGUGCUUCACUGGCUUUUUGACAAUACCGUAUUGACCCAAAUAUAGGACCACCCUCAAAAUGAGAUGAUCCCUCUUUUUCAAGACCUGUUUUUGGUAAAAAUCCAAGACAAUUUUUGAAAAUCAUGUUUUGAAUAUCCGCAAACUUGUGUUAGCCAUUGUGUGAACUGCUCUGCAGUUGUUUGAUGAUGAUGCUUCAUUGAUCAACUUUGUCUUGAAAUUAGCAUUAUCACUCUUCCUCUGUAGUUUGCUAACUUGCUAACAACCUUUUGAUUUUUUUUUUCCAAGCGCGUCACUGUUUCUUGUCUCCAGGUCACUGGUGUGUUUGUGCGUGCGUGUGACAGGAAGAAAAGCUGUCACUCACUUGGGCAAAAGUAGUUUUGUGCCACCUGUUGGUUUGCGUGUCUGAAGCUCGGAGCACCUGACUGUAAGACAGGGAGUCUUGAUUCAGAAUCUCUGUGUAGGGAAACACCUUAUCACAUCUUAGAUUUGGGUGAAUGUAUGGUUAUCAUUUCUCUGAUUUUUAAUUCUACGAAUGUCCGUUGGGCUAGGAAGUUAAAGAAGGGUUUAUAAAAAUGUGCUUUAAUUUUAUGUACUGACUUAUUUUAAAGAAAAAAUUACAGAAAUGUGAAGCGCCUGAAUUGUGAAAACAAUGGGGAUAAUUUAAACAAAGUCACGCAUCAUCCUCUGACUUAACCCUAAAUGGUCUUAGACCAUCCAAACCCUACUUGGGGUUUAAACUAAAUGCCAAGCAGGCCAGCCAAACCACUUUAGAGUAAGGGCAUUCUGGAUAAGGAAGAUAAUGUUGGAGUAUUGGAAGGAAGGGAGGAAAAUGGUAGUGGAGUAUCCUGGGAGGGUGGUAGAGGGCAAUAACAGUUACCUACCUACAGCAUAAUGGGCUUUCUAAAUUAAAACUGCAUUCACAUUAGUCUGCAAAUUAAAUUUAUACUUUUGUGUACUGACUCAAAUUACAUUACAAAUAGAACCAAAAUGUGUCUCUCAAUAUGUUAAGCUACCUUUUUUUUUUUGGAAAUUGAGGAAACAUUUUUUGUACACUCUCAUACAGUGACAUAUUGCCAAAUAUAUUGGGAAACAUGUGAAGCCGAUUGAAAGAUUUGUAUUGAAAGGCUUUCGAUGUUAUUUUUAAACUUAGUUGACUUUUAUUUUUCCUCUUCCUUACACUAGCCAUGGGAACCUUUUUAAAAUGACUGUCAACAAUGUUGUAGUGAAAAUGUUUACAUGCUGUAUAUUUAUAGUAGAUUGGACAAAAUAAACAAGUUUGUGUGCUAGUUUAUUGUGAUUUGCAUGUUUUUAUUAUUAUUGUUAUUAUUACAAAUCAUUCCAUUAUUUGACUUUGAAACUUUAAAAAUUGGUAAUAAAAAUAGAAAAACAAGAGACGAGCCCGGGGGCCAUUUGCAGCCCACACCUCGUUUUUAUUGGCUUGGUUUGGUUUGGUUUAUUUUGGUUUGGUUUAAUUUUAUUUGAACAUGCAUGCAGGUUACAAUGGAAUACAUCAAAAACCUUAUUUAAUCCUACCCCCGUCUGUUCCACAUCUUGUGCAGUAUAUUUUAUUCACUUCCUGUAUUCCAUGUAAUGCAAGCAUGACACAACAAUAAUAAGAUGAAGGCAAGCAUAAUAAAGCAAGUUUAAGACUCUUCUGCCUUUUAUAUUUAGCAAACAACUGCUUGUAUAGUUUUUUGAAUUCGCUCGUCUUGGUACAUUGUUUGAAUUCUUUGCUCAAUCUUUGCUUAAUUCCGCAUACUGAAAUGCUGUGGGUUUUCAGUGUUGUUCUCGCAUAUAAGUGUUUUAAGUUAAAUUUUCCUCUAAGAUCAUAUUUCUCCUCUUUUCGAGAAAUACUGGAUGACUUUUUUUGGUAACAAGUUGUUAACUUUAUGCAUUA